AUGUCCUGCCGCAAGCGUUCCACUGCUCCGGCCCGUAUUCCCGCAGCACUGGGUCUCAUCCAAUCCGCGGUCGACCUUGAAGACGCCUGUCCGGCAACUGGGUCCGCCUUGCCUGCUGGCGACCGUCCUGAUGUCCUCAACGCGUGGGAUCUCUCCCUCACCGAGGGUGACCGUCUUCGAGACCUGCAAGGAGAAGACAUCCUGGGUAGGCUGGCCAUGGAAACCCCGCACCACCCCCUCUCCUCCUGGGAACUGUAA